AUGGCCAGUCUGUUCCCUGGAUCAUCGUACCUGGUACAAGAUGUUCUGUGCAAACCUCUGGAAUACAGCACAUUCCAUCCCCAGGGACCUGAGUACAUGGAUGUAGACACUGAGACAUUGCUGGAACAGAUUCAGUCCUUGUUACUUCGAGAAGUUUGCAAAGAGAUCCAGACUGCUUGUCGACUGCUGAACAUAUCACCAGAUCCCACGGAAUGGAGUGCAGACAAUGUUGGCAAAUGGAUUCUAUGGACAGAACACCAAUACAAACUGCCCAACAUUGGGAAGAAAGGUUUCUUGAAUCUGAGUGGAAGAGAGAUGUGCUAUCUAACGGUGGAGCAGUUUAAAGAGAGAGCAGCAACCGGUGGGGAUGUGCUUCAUGCACAUCUGGAUAUAUGGAAAUCAGGUACCCAUGAAGAUCAGGUACAGAAGCCAAAUGAAGCCAGCUUACGCUCAGAUACUCAGCCAGUUCACCUCUGGCUGUUUUUGAAAGAUCUCUUAUUGAAACCACACAAUUAUGGAAGGUUUAUCCGAUGGUUAGAUAAAGAGAAAGGCAUAUUUAAGAUCGAGGAUUCAGCACAAGUGGCUCGGCUGUGGGGGAUUCGAAAGAACAGGCCAGCGAUGAAUUAUGAUAAACUCAGCCGUUCAAUCCGGCAAUAUUACAAAAAGGGUAUCAUUAAGAAACCAGACAUUGCGCAGCGACUAGUCUACCAAUUUGUUCACCCACUGUGAAGCUGCUCCCAAUACAUAUGGUAUCAUUGCUCCACCUUCAUUUGCUCCUAUUAACUGGUUUUGCAUCUCAUUUAGAAGUG